UGCACCUUAAUAAUAUAGGACUAUAUCUUAUUUAUAUUGUGGUAUAAUUACGUAUGUAGGCCUGAAAAAUCAAGGGUCUUUAUUCUGGAAUUAUAGACCCAUAUUAAUUUGAGUCCUUAAUGGGUGGACUCCAUAAGUUUUCAUUUAUAAGAGGCUAGGUCCAUCCUCCUCUCCCUAUGUCCAUUGGCUUGCCCCAUUGAUAGCUGAUAAUUUGUGAGGAGCAAGGAGGGAAAGAUCUGUCUAUCUGCAUUCUGCAAACAUGGCUUCCGCAGGUAUAUUUUCACCAUUUUUGUAUUCAGCAUUGCUAUCUUAGAUUCUGAUUUCUAGCAUGUAUUUUCGUAUAUUUUACAAUUUAUGCAUUUGGUUUAUAAUUAUUCUGAGUUCAUAACUUCAUAAUUGAACUCUCUCUCUCUCUCUCUCCAAGUUUGAGCGUGAAAAAUUAUGAGCCCUUUCUUCUAUUUUUGCAGCUUGUCAUUGGUUAUCUGACUGUCAUGUUCAUUCGCUCUAUUGCAGAUGCUGGACUACAAUGUACCUGGAGGGAACUUGAGCAGGGGCUUGUCCUUUAUGCAGAGCUACAAAUUGUUAAUAGAAGGAAAGGAAUUAACUGAAGAUGAAAUUUUCCGUGCCAAUACUCUUGGUUGGUGCAUUGAAUGGCUACAGGCAUAUUUUCUUGUUCUUGAUGACAUUAUGGAUAACUCACACACACGACGUGGUCAACCUUGCUGGUUCAGAAUGCCAAAGUUUGGCAUGGUUGCAGUAAAUGACGGUGUUAUACUUCUAAACCAUGUCCGCAGGAUUCUUAGAAAACACUUCAGGGAUAAGCCUUACUACUUACAUCUGCUUGAUUUGUUUGACGAGGUGAUUUACUUGUACAACUUUUGCUUAAUUAGUUCUCAGAUAGGUUAUACGCCAAAAGUUCACUUCCUUGUGUUCUACUUCUGCAUAGGUGGAGUUUCAGACUGCUUCAGUUACCAUCGCAUUGUUCAGUACAAGACAGCCUAUUACUCAUUCUACCUUCCAGUUGCAUGUGCAAUGCUUAUGUUGGGUGGGAAUCUAGACAACCAUAUUGAUGUGAAGAACAUACUUGUUGAGAUGGGGGUCUACUUUCAAGUACAGGAUGAUUAUUUGGAUUGCUUCGGUGAUCCUGAAACAACCGGCAUGAUAGGAACAGACAUCAAAGACUUCAAGUGCUCUUCGUUGUUGGUAAAAGCAUUGGAGCUAAGCAAUGAGGAACAAAAGAAAGUGCUAUGUGAUAACUAUGGGAAACCAGACCCAGCCAAUGUGGCAAAUAGUAUGAGAGCGAGACCUACAAGAAGUUGACAACUACUGUUGAAGCUCAUCCAAGCAAAGCAGUGCAAGCAUGUGGAAGGCAUUCUUAGGUAGAAUACACAAGGGGAAAAAAUAGAAAAUCAGAUGAGAACAGACGUAGACAAAGGUGGAAGAUUCAGAACACAAGUUAGACGUAGACCUGGAUUGAGUAUACUACCAAAACCAAACGCUUAACCACUUGAGCCGAACCUAAGAGUUCUGAAAAAAAUUAACCUAACAACGAUAGUAAGAGGUAUUCAUAUAUGGAGUCGUUACUUCAAUACAUAUUAUUUUUUAAGACAGAGAGAGAUAUGGAGAUUGCUUAAGAAGUUUUACAUUUGUUUAGUUGUAUUAUUCACAACUCAUCUUUUGGUUUGUGUGUUGGGAACCCAUUAAACCAAAUUCUGUUUUCUAAUAU